GAGCCGCCUCCCCCGGCUGCUGGCACCCGGAGCUUCCUUCCUCGCCAACCAGGACGCUGCCACUUUGACUUUGCCCGCUGUUCAGCUAACGAGGCUGCAAAGCAACUAAGUGGAGUUGGCCUCCCUGCCCACCUGUGGAAGAAGCUCGAGCUGAUUGAUGUCCCAUCGACUUUUUUUUUCCCCUUCAGCCUCGCCGGCGUCCCCUCCCACAGAUACAGCAUCACUCAGUGAAUGUACCACUAGGCUGGUUUUUCCCCCUCGCUUCGGGCUUUGUUUGGGUUUGAUUGUGUUUGGCUCUUCGUUAAGCUGAUUUAUGCAGCAGAAUUCCCAUCGGCUGGGGAGAAACAAAAGCUCUUUUCUUUGUCCCAGAGCGGGCUGCGUAGCCAUCGCUCGCGUCGCCGCCCCAGGCCAUUGGCCGUCGGAGGAGGUGCUUCUCGCGGAGAUUUCGGGACCCUCUGUGCCGAGCUUGGAGGGCCAAGGGGCCCUGAAAUGCCGAGCGGUGCCCGGGCCAGCGUACUUUCACCGCUUGCUCCGAGCCGCGGGGUCCGCCUGCCAGGCCUCCUGGAAACGUCCUAGCGACGCUUGGUCCGCGGGCCCCGAGGUGCGCCCGGGAGGCACAAGCGCGCACCCGGAGAGCAGCCAGUUGGAGGACGCGGUGCGGGCUGCUUUGCAUUAUGUGCCGCUCGGCCCUGGCUUUUUUUACUGCCGCAUUUGUCUGCCUGCAAAACUGCCGGCCAGGUCCUGCCCCAUUUCUCCGGGCGGCCUGGGUAUUUUCAGUUGUUCUUGGACUGAGCCAAAGUGAGAACAAUAGAUGUGCGUCCUCCAAUGCUGCGUCCUGCGCCAGGUGCCUUGCGCUGGGUCCAGAAUGUGGAUGGUGUGCUCAAGAGGAUUUCACUUCAGGUGGAACAAGGAGUGAACGUUGUGAUAUUGUUUCCAAUUUAAUAAGCAAAGGCUGCUCGAUUGAUUCAAUAGAAUACCCAUCUGUGCAUGUAAUACCAAGUGAAAAUGAAAUUAAUACCCAGGUGACACCAGGAGAAGUGUUGAUCCAGCUGCGCCCAGGAGCUGAAGCUAAUUUUAUGUUGAAAAUUCAUCCUCUGAAGAAAUAUCCUGUGGAUCUUUAUUAUCUGGUUGAUGUCUCGGCAUCAAUGCACAAUAAUAUUGAAAAAUUAAAUUCCGUUGGAAAUGACUUAUCUAGAAAAAUGGCAUUUUUCUCCCGUGACUUCCGUCUUGGAUUUGGCUCAUACGUUGAUAAAACAGUUUCACCAUACAUUAGCAUCCACCCAGAAAGGAUUCAUAAUCAAUGCAGUGACUACAAUUUAGACUGUAUGCCUCCCCAUGGAUAUAUCCAUGUGCUGUCUUUGACGGAGAAUAUCACUGAGUUUGAAAAAGCGGUUCACAGACAGAAGAUCUCUGGAAAUAUAGAUACACCUGAAGGAGGUUUUGAUGCCAUGCUUCAGGCAGCUGUCUGUGAGAGUCAUAUUGGAUGGAGAAAAGAAGCUAAAAGAUUGCUGCUGGUGAUGACAGAUCAGACAUCUCAUCUUGCUCUUGAUAGCAAAUUGGCAGGCAUAGUGGUGCCAAAUGAUGGAAACUGCCAUCUGAAAAACAAUGUCUACGUCAGAUCAACAAGCAUGGAACAUCCCUCGCUAGGCCAACUUUCAGAAAAGUUAAUAGAAAACAACAUUAAUGUCAUCUUUGCAGUUCAAGGAAAACAGUUUCAUUGGUAUAAGGACCUUCUACCCCUCUUGCCUGGCACCAUUGCUGGUGAAAUAGAAUCAAAGGCUGCAAACCUCAACAAUUUGGUAGUAGAAGCCUAUCAGAAACUUAUUUCAGAAGUGAAAGUUCAGGUGGAAAACCAGAUAGAAGGCGUCUAUUUAAACAUUACUGCCAUCUGUCCAGAUGGGACCAGAAAGCCAGGCACAGACGGAUGCAGAAACGUGACAAGCAAUGACGAAGUUCUUUUCAAUGUAACAGUUAUAAUGGAAAGAUGUGAUGUCACAAGAGGAAAAAGCUAUGCAGUAAUCAAACCUAUUGGUUUCAAUGAAACCACUAAAAUUCAUAUACACAAAAACUGCAGCUGUCAGUGUGAGGACAGCAGCGCACCUAAAAGAAAGUGUGUUGAUGAAACUUUUCUGGAUUCCAAGUGUUUCCAGUGUGAUGAGAAUAAAUGUCAUUUUGAUGAAGAUCAAUUUUCUUCUGAGAGUUGCAAGUCACACGAGGAUCAACCUGUUUGCAGUGGUCGAGGAGUUUGUAUGUGUGGGAAAUGUUUGUGUCACAGAAUUAAGCUUGGGAAAGUAUAUGGAAAAUACUGUGAAAAGGAUGACUUUUCUUGUCCGUAUCACCACGGAAAUCUGUGUGCUGGGCAUGGAGAGUGUGAAGCGGGCAGAUGCCGGUGCUUCAGUGGCUGGGAAGGGGAUCGGUGCCAGUGCCCAUCCACAUCCGCCCAGCACUGUGUCAACCCCAAGGGCCAAGUGUGCAGUGGAAGAGGCACAUGUGUCUGCGGCAGGUGUGAGUGCACCGAUCCCAGGAGCAUUGGCCGCUUCUGUGAACACUGCCCCACGUGUCACACAACCUGCAACGAAAACUGGAAUUGUGUGCAAUGUCUUCACCCUCACAAUCUGUCUCAAGUUAUACUUGAUCGAUGUAAAACCUCAUGUGCUUUCAUGGAACAGCAUUAUGUGGACCAGGCGUCAGAAUGUUUCUCUAGCCCAAGCUACUUGAGGAUAUUUUUCAUCAUUUUCAUAGUUACAUUCUUGAUUGGGUUGCUUAAAGUCCUUAUUAUUAGACAGGUGAUAUUACAAUGGAAUAGUAAUAAAAUAAAGUCCUCAGCAGAUUACAGGGUGUCAGCCUCAAAAAAGGACAAGUUGAUCCUGCAAAGUGUUUGCACAAGAGCAGUAACCUACCGACGUGAGAAACCUGAAGAAAUAAAAAUGGAUAUCAGCAAAUUAAAUGCUCAUGAAACUUUCAGGUGCAACUUCUAAAAAGAUAAAAAGUACUUUAUGGGAAACUGGAUUUUUAAUAAUUGCUCCUAAAAAUUAUAAUUUUAGAAGUCACAGGAGGAGACAGAUUGUUCCAGAUCGUGCCAGCUGCUGGUUGUCGACUUGAAUGAAGACUGACAAGCGUCCUCAUCACCAUGUGACUCACAUCGCUGCUGAAUUUUUCAGAGAAAAAAUGUGUCUUACUACUGUUUGAGACUAGUGUCAUUGUAGCACUUUACUGUAAUAUAUAACUUAUUUAGGUCAGCAUAGAAUGUAGAUCAUCUGAAGAGCACUGAUUACACUUUACAGGUACCUGCCAUUCCGAUGCUUCCCAGAGAGACGCAAUGCUGAGACAGUUUGGGCAUUGUAUCACUACAAGGGUACAGUAAUCCCCGCAUGGAACAUGCAAAGGAUAACAAUAAUUAAGGCAGUUAUACUAAUGUUGCCAAACACUUCAAUAAUUGGCAGUGAAUAGACAAGAAUAGCCAGAUAAAUAAAUGGUUAGUGUUUCACUCAUGCAAGAGGUGAAGAGAUGAAACCUUAAAUCUUGAGGGAUAUUGCUUUUGAAACUGAGUUGUUUUAUGCGUGUGGUUUGUUUUCUUCUUUUGACAAGAUGGAUACUAAAUCCAAUGUUCUCUCCUCUUUGCUUUUAUAUUUUGGUUUUCUUUCUUAUAGGAUAAGUUUAUGUCACAGAUGACUGGAUUAAAUAAGUGCUAAGUUACUACUGCCAUAAAAACCUAAUACAAUGUCACUUUAUUAGAAUACUGGUUUUAAAAGCUGAAUGUUUAAUAAGGGACACUUUUAUUUCACAUCAAAAUUUGAGCAGCUUCCUUGUUUGCAGAUGUGGAGUUUUAUAUCUUCUUACCUGGUAAACUGGAUGGAUGUUUCACCAUUUCAUUUAGCUAAUCGUCACGUUAAAAUUCACAAGAUAUUUAGAAACUCUGCCUCAAACAAACUGCCACACUUUUGACUACAUUUUCUCAGAUAUUUACUCCAAGUAGCUCUUAGCAUUUUUCAAAUUAAAAGCUAUAUUACUUUUGUCCUUCCAUGAAUCCUAAGGAUAUUAUUUCCCUGUAUCACUUCGACACCACUUGCCAGAAUUCUAAAAGUCUGCAACUGAAGGAGGACAGACAGUAUCUGAGCAAUAAGCUAAUUAACUCACCCUUUUAGUUAGUCAGGGAAACAAGACUCAGCAAGUUUAAAUGAUUUCUCAGAAACCUUCCCAGUGAUUAGGUGGCAGCAUUCAACGAGAACUCCUACCUUCUUAUUGACAGACUAGUGUUCAUUGUAUAAUAUCAUUCUACCUCUUGAGUCUUUGAAAUAUCCAAUUGGCAAGUAUUGUGAAAUGGGAUUUACUGAAAUCUUAAGUAUAUGGGCAUGAGAAAAUUUCAAAGCAAAGCAGAAAAGAGUAAUUCAAACUGAACUGGCCGUGACUGGCUUCCAAUCUUUCCUGCUAAUCAACUUCGAGGAGCUAACUACAGGGAAACCCAUUCGCACCUUAGCCUGUGUGAACAGCACUCCCUAGAGUUGUGCAGAGCUCAGCCCCAGAGAUUGAUACAGAGACCAUGAGCUUUUUACCUUCCCCAAUGGAAAAUUCUUCACAGUUACCAUAUCCCUACAGACUUAGUCUGGUUUUACUGGCUAGAAGUCCAACAGUUCUGUGUGCAGUACAAAGCUUUGCCUAUGACAACAAUGUCUUCUUAUAAUUAACUUCCCAGAUUUGCUGUCUUCCAGCACUUGAGUUAAGCAUAGAUAUUUGCAUUUCAAUGAAGACAAACCCUCACCCCAUAUUCUACCCUAAGGAGCAUUUUAAAACAGGUUGUUCUGGAGCCAACAGACAGAGCAGCUCCAUUAGCCGGCCCCUAAAGCCAAGCAAUUAGGACUCUAAGUUGAACUGUAUUUCCUUCCCUAGAUGAGACUGGGGACAUAGAUAGAAUUCAGUACUGUGACUCACUUGUGUAAGAUGCCCUCGAUCACCAAGGAUAAUGUAAAAAUCGUAUCGCAGCCUGCCUGUCACAGAGCAUCCUUCCUUAACAGGAAAAUAAGUGGAUACUUGACAGACUCCCAAGAGGAAAAAGAAGAAAUUAUCCAUUUAUUCAAAUGCUGACAAUUUAAAAAAAGAACAUUACGAUGUUCAUAAACUAAUUUUCAUGUGGAAUGAAUUACCUGAAAAAGCAUAAUAAAAUGAAACCCCUAAAAAUUCAGGGUUUUCUAUUUUUACACUCUCAUUAGUUUGCACUAAUUUAUAAUGGACCGAGGCUGUUAUCACAGGAAGGAACAAACUUCCUGAUAGGCAGUCCAAUGCUAAAUGAUGACUGUCAUUAUGCUUGUGAUGUCUUGUGCUUUCUUUUUUUACUUAAAAAUCUAAUUCUUAAGGAUUUUAGAGCUUAUAUUUUACUUGAAUAAUUGAUAUUUUCUUGUAUAAUGGCUUGUGAGAAGAGAAUUAAUAUUUGUCAAGUUAGAAUUAAUAAAAGGUAAGGGAAAACAGGGUAUUCUUAAAGUAAAUAAUAUUUGUAAAUAGAGCCUAUUUUCAACUAAUAUGACCACAGGAGCCUUUUGAGAUUCACUGACGUUAAACACAAAUAAUGAAAUUUUAAAUGGUUAACAAAGAACUUGACCACUUUUGGUACGACAGCAUUUCUGUGACCUAAAGUAUAUAAUGAUUUAGAAAUGUGCCAUACACACACUACAAUAUAACUGUAUGCAUGUUAUUUCUCUGGGGAUAUCUUUACACUGCAGUGUACAUGGAUUUAUAAGCAUUUGAUAUCUUUUUUAAAUUUAUGAAUAUUUAUAAACUCAUAGAUAUUCUCCAUAGGACUCAAAAGUUCACCAAAAAUCUGAUUAUGUCCUAAAUGUUCAAUGUAGCGUUGGUUAGUAACGAUUAAAGAAAUCUAAAGUUAAACAGAAUAGAUUUCUCUAGAGGCGAAUUUUUCAAAACUCAUAAUUAAAAAUAGUGCAUGCAUCAGAUGCAACACUUCACUGAAGAAUAAAUUCCAAAUAUUUUAAAUAUAUACUUAAUCUUCAUUGAAGAUAUUCUUAUGUAUGACAACAGGUAUCCAUGAGACAAUGAAAUAUUUUUAUGACAGACUAUGAAAAUUUUUCUUCAUAGAAUUAUAUUCCUCCAGGUACCUAGUAUAGCAAAUUAGACUUAAUGGCUUUUACUUCCUUUCCUUACUCCUGUUUUUUUCCGCUCAGUUUUCUUAAGGGACUGCCCUAAAACUUCAAACUCAAUAAGCCUAAUUGUGAAAAAAUAACCAAAUGUAAUGGUAUUAUGUUCUUCGUUUCCAAACAUCCUUAAUGAUUUUAAAACUCAUUUGAAUCUAUGCACCGAGAACAAAGACAGACCCUUUAAAAACUAAGAAUUUAAAAUUUUCACAACUCUUAGAGAUUCUUUCAGUUUGAAAGCAUUUGAGAGCUAUAUAUUUUAAUAAAAGUUUCAAGUGAAACAUAGCUAUGUGGGAGUUCAAGCAUAUGCAUAUUGUAUUUAGUAUUAUUUACUUUUAACAUUUAAUUUAUGACUACCCUUAUCAAUAUUGACCUUAAGAAUUCCAUUUCAUACAAUGCAAACCAAAAUGUAUUUUCAAAGAAAUAUAGAACUACUAGCAUUCUUUCAGAUCACUUCCCUUUUCUACUUUCUUUAUGAAAAAUUUAUUAUGGAUAACUGGUUAUACAUAUUUAUAUUUCAUUGAUUAUGAGCCAUCCACUUUUUCAUGUGACAUCUCUGAAAUUGUGAUGUAUCUUGAAAUCAUUGGCAUGUUAAAAGCCGUGUUGAAAGUUGUGCUUGAAUAAAUAUUACACUAAUUCAUUUUUAAUUAAAUGUUCAUGGGUAUAGGCACAUUCCUUUCUUAAAAAUAUUUGAGAAUUCAUUUGAUAACAUAUGAGCCAGUUUUCAGGACAAUUGAAUCACAUACGGUUCAACCUGGAACCUGACUCUGAUUAUGAGCUCAGAUCCUGCACACCUGUACGUUACUAAAGCUCUUUUAGCCUCCUGUUUACACUUUAUACUAGUGUCUAUGAUUUCUGCAAACCCUAACUUAGCUGACAAGAAUGAUUUGGUUUUUCCCAGUUUUGUUAACAAAUUUUUAUUCUUUCUAUUCCUUUGAAAAUAAUACUUUUACAAUAUCAUCUCGUUUUUAAACAGAAUUAACUGGAAGGAUAUUACAAGAAACCAUUAUAAUUAGAUUUUGCAGAAUUUUGUAUGUCUUAUGUCAACAACAGGAGAAAUAUAUAAUACAACCAAUCAGUGCUGUAGGAAAAAAACCUUUCCCUUUGAGUCCUAUUUUUUUAUUCUUCUUUAACAUUCUUGUUCUUUUUAUUGUUUUCUUUGCCUCUGAUAAAUUUGCCUUCAGGCCCAUGUAAUGACUGUCAUGAAACCAUGUAUUUAAAUUAUUAGAUUUAUAUUAAACAAUUGUUCAGCUAUCUGGGCAGCUGUUAAUGAAAUACCUGAGAGUAACAACACUACUCUUUUAUCUACCUGUAAUAUUUUCCUGCAUAAAAUUUAUCUUUGUAAGCUAACUCUAUUAAUCAGGUUUCUAACCUCUACAACCUACUUCAGUUAAAAUUACUUAAACCAACAAUAAAAAAAAAAACGAAAAAAGAAAACACUGCAGUCACCAAGAAUGGAAAAUGUGAUUUAUACUAUAAAGAACUUUUACUAACUUUACACUGUACCACAGAUAAAUGUGAUUUUGAUAUUAAUUUCACACAAUGACAAGUAUGGUACAUAAAUCUUAUUAAGAAUAUUGAAAUAAAAUAUUUUAAUUCUAAAUUAUAAGAAAAUACAAAUUUGCACAUAUUAAUAUAGAAAUUCAUUUUGUGUAUAUUUAACAUACCUUUAAAACUAUUUUACAUUUACCAGCUACUUCAUUAAAGUUAUUUAAACC